GUAGUGUCUGUGAAAGUUCACUCCCAGUUCCUCUAGGCGGAGGUGGUGGGUGUGUAUGUGUGUUUUGUGUUCAGCUCACCUUCUCAGUGUGUCCCAGCACAGAGAGGCUGCUCCCAGGGCUCACUCACAUGCACAGGAAAUCCUAAAUCUGUGUUCACUAUCUGGGGCCCGAGAUACAGUUUUUUCUGAGAAAGAAGUUGCAAUGGUGGAUGUGGAAGGAGAUGAAGGUUGGAUUUCUGUCUCAAAUUUGGGAAGAUGGUGUGACAAACACUGACAAGUCAUCCUUCUAAUACUGUGCGUAUCAGUGUGGCAUCAAGAUGGCACAAUCUAAAUCCAGUGGGUCGUAUUAUGCCCUCACGGCUAUUGGCGCCGGAUUGCUUGUUCUCGGUGUAGUGAUGGCCGUGUGGAAUCUUGUCCCGGGAUUUGGCAGCAAUGACCAACCUGGAUCCUCCCAAGGGAACAGCAGCGUUCCAGAAAAUAGUGGCAAUACGAACAUAAAAAGUAAGACUUUUUCUGUGGCCUAUGUACUGAUUGGGUCGGGUAUUGGAUUACUGCUCAUAGCAAUAUGUCUGAGCGUUCGGAAUAAAAGAAAAAGGAGGCAGAGUCUUGAAGGACCUAGAAUUAAUCAGGAAGUGUCCCCUGUUCCUCAAAAUAAUGAUGAUGGCCAUGAAGAAAUGCGUGCACACAUGUAUUCAGCUCCAAGUUAUGAAGAUGUAAUGAGAGAAUAUGAGUCUCAUCCUACGGAGCUUGCCAGAAAUGAAAGAAUGAGCAUUACCCUUCCUUCGUACGAGUCCUUGCAUGAUAUCGACGAGCUGACCCCAACUAGACCUCAGGAGGAAUCUGCUAAAACUGACCUUCCACAAAGGACAGAUUCUCGUUCAGAGAAACAGAAAAAACCCUUGAACGUUAGGAGAAUUAAAUCUGAUAAACUUCAUCUUAAGGAGUUUAGAUUAAAUUUGUCUGGACAAAGUAAUGUUUCUAAGAUCCCGGCUAUCGAGCCUAUAACUCCACCACCACAAUAUGAUGAGAAGCAACUUGGGGUAAAUCAAAAUGUGUAGACAACUGACUUACAGGAUUUCCGGUGUAUUAAUUCCAUAUUUUUUUUUUUUGUUAACAUCUGCAUUAUACAUGAAAGUGACACUAGCAUCAUGGAAAAGCAACGGAGAGGACUCAGAAUCUGACAAUGCUUUUUUUUUUUUUUAUAUACACGCAUAUCUUUUCUUUCCCCUGUUUGUUUUUACAUGUCUAGAUGUGAUAAAUGUGCUGCUAAACUUCUGUAAAUUCCAAAAUGGAUUCUACGCAGUUUCCUAACCUGCUACCCCUCCACUAUGGAAGAAGUUGGCCACAUUUUGCUUCUCUAACCCUAUGUUUCUGCUGGAAGGCUGGACAAGCUAUGCAUUUUCAAUCGUUCACAUUCCCUGACUACUCAAAUGUAAUGCUUAAAAAUAUCCGGGUCCAUUUAUAAAGUAAAUUAAGAAUUAUAUUGGUAUAAUCCUUUCCUCUUUAUUAUGAGGUCCUGUAACCUUGAUGCACCACAAUGGAAAAAACUGUGAAAUACAAGGCAAUGUGUGACUUUUUUUUGUUAUUCUCAAAUGUCUAGAUCAAAGCACUUGUUUGUUAGCUUUUGAAUCCGCAUUUUGUAAGAUAUCCACCAGAGGGUGCUGGUGUGACAGUUAAUAUUAGUUUGUUAGACUAUGCUGAAACAAUGUAACCAUAUGUAAACUCUAAUAGGUUGCCUUAUGUAGCCGUGGCACUGUGACAGUCUUGAGUUGGGUGAUGCCCACAUUAAUGUGUAUUUUUUGGGGUUUCUGCCUAGUCAGUGGUUUUUUUUUUUUUUUUUCGUAUUGCCUGGUUUUAAAGCGGAAGCAUCACUUGUUUUGAAAUGUGUGAGGCAAGUUCCGCCUCUUGCUGCCUAACAAAAAAAUUAUCUUUCACAAUAUUUGUAUGACUCAUUUGACCUAUUUUGUGCCCAGUCUCUGAAGUAGGCAAUUCCAUCAUUCGUAGACACAAAUCUUAUCCUAAAAUUCUUUAUAAUUGAACAUUAAACUUAUUUAAUUAAAAACA